GUGUAACAUAUGGAUUGAAGGCUAUUGUUGUCAGCCCGGGUGGUUUGUUCUGCACUUUCACCGGAGAAUGCCCAGAGGAACCGGAGCUGUGUUCCUGCACGGAUAGCGCAGAAAUACACCCGAGAAACACGAUAUUGACAUGAAGAAAGACAUCGAGACUCUAAUCGCAGAGGAACGUGCUGACAUCAUCUUGAAAUAUGCUACGGGCAGGCAGGGCGGGGUGCAGAUCGACCCCUGGGAAGAUCCCGACUUCAGCAUCUACAAAGUCAUCGACCGAUUCGGCUUCAUGCAUGAAGACGAGCUGCCGGCCCCGACUGCACACGAGGAAAAGAGGAAGCAGCUGGAGAUCGAGAGGGUGGAGAAGUGGCUGAAGAUGGUGAAUAAGUGGGACAAAUACAAGAACAGUGACAGGAUGGUGAAGCGGGUGUAUAAAGGCGUCCCGCUGCAGCUGAGAGGACGAGCCUGGGCUCUGAUGCUGGACGUGGAGCGGCAGAAGAAGGAGAACGAGGGGAAGUACGAGAAAAUGAAGGAGCAGGCGCUGCUGUGCUCGGCUGAGAUCAAACAGAUCGACCUGGACAUCAACCGCACCUUCAGAAACCACGUGAUGUUCAUGGAUCGCUUCGGAGUCAAGCAGCAGGCUCUCUUCAGCGUCCUCUCUGCAUACUCCGUCUACAACACAGAGGUGAGCUACUGUCAGGGGAUGAGUCAGAUCGCCGCUCUGCUGCUGAUGUUCCUGAACGAGGAGGACGCCUUCUGGGCGCUGUCGCAGCUGCUGACACACCACACACACGGCAUGCACGGGUUUUUUGUCCCGGGUUUCCCCAAACUGCAGCGCUUUCAGACUCAUCACGAUCAGAUCAUUUCCAAACUCAACCCCAAGCUGAAGAAACAUCUGGACAGGGAGCAGAUGUCUGCGGGGAUCUACAGCACAAAGUGGUUCCUGCAGUGCUUCAUCGACAGGACGCCGUUCACGCUGACUCUUCGUCUCUGGGACAUUUUCAUCCUGGAGGGAGAGAGGCUUCUCACCGCCAUGUCUUACACCAUCCUGAAGAUACACAAGAGGCGCAUGUUGAAGAUGUCUCUGGAGGAGCUCAGAGAGUUUCUGCAGGAGAGAAUCGCUCAGACGUUUUACUUCAGUGACGACGAGGUCAUCGAGCAGCUGCAGAGCUCCAUGAUGGAGCUGAGGAAGAGGAAGCUCGACCUUCCUCCUCCAGGAAAGCCAGAGGAGCGUCCCCGUCUGCCUCUGGGUCUCGAGCUGCCCCCCCCCAGAGGGAAGACCUCCGCAGCCGGCCUCAGCCUGAACAUCAUCGACUCCCCUGACCAGAGCCCCUCCAAGGACCCCCGGGACCUGGACCUGGACCCUGAGCAGGAGGAGGAGUCCAGGGUCAUCAUCCACAGCCAGCUCCCCCCCGACGGCUCCCCGCUGACGGGCCCUCCGCCUUACCGGCCCCCGGAGGAAACCCCAGAUAAAAACACAGAUCAACGCUCCCCUUCCUCCACAGACGACUCCUCUCUCGUGGCCCCUCACUCCUGCAGGAUCCCGCGGACCUUCUCGGCCCCCGUGAUGCACGCUGCCCCCCCCCAGAGUCUGUCUGCGGAGGAGGAGAGGGCGGAGGACCGGUACCUGGAGCAGCUGCUGGAGCAGGCCUCCCAUCUGCCCAGCAACAGGAACCAGAACCAGAACCAGGACUCAAAGGAAGCGUCAGAGGAAACUCAGGCGGAGGAUAUCUCAUGAAAUACGCUCUGAGCAUCAGCUCCGUUAAAUGUUUGGUUUACAUACAUGAUGUUGAUGUAGAACUACAGAAGUAUAGUCAGAUUAUCAUUGGUUAUAUAUUUCAUAUAUUCCAAGGAAGCAUUGGAAGAAACUUAGGUUGCGGAUAUUUCAUGAAAUCAGCUCUGAUUCAGCGAUUUACUGUAAAGCACGGAUCAGCUCCGUUAAAUGUUCCAGAACUAGAACUACAGAAGUAUAGUCAGAUUAUCAUUGUGGAGCAAUAAGAUGCUUAAAAUAUGUCAUGUGUUUUCAGGACAAGCAAUCAUUUUGGUUAUAUAUUUCUCAAUUUUCCAAGGAAGCAUUGGAAGAAACUUAGGCUGCGGAUAUAUCAUGAAAUCGGCUCUGUUAAAUGUUCCAGUGUCGGCACUUUGGUGAUGGUUUACAUACAUAAUGUUGAUGUAGAACUACAGACGUAUAGUCAGAUUAUCAUUGUGGAGCAAUAAUAUGCUUCAAAUAUGUCAGGUGUUUCAGGACUAGCAAUCAUUUUGGUUAUAUGUUUUCUCAAUUUUCCAAGGAAGCAUUGGUAGAAACUUAGGCUGCGGAUAUUUCAUUCAAUCUGAAACGAUUCGGUGAUUCAAAGCAUGCAUCAGCUCCGUUAAAUUACCUGCAGAUUCAGGCACUUUGGAGGUUUACAGUAAUAUGUUUGUGAAACACUACAGAAGUAUUGUCAGAUUAUCAAUGUGAAGCAAUAAUUGCUUAAAAUAUGUCAUCAGUUUCAGGACCAGUAAUUAUUUUGAUGAUAUGAUUUGUCGAUUUUCCUGGGAAGCAUCCGAGGAAACUAAGGCUCUGAAUAUUCCUUGAAAGUAGCAGCGAUUUAUUCGAUUAUCUGCACAAAUCGGCUUUGUUUGGUUCAUUAAAUGUUCUGUUAAGGUACAGAUUACGCACUUUGGUGACAUGAGAAUUUUGGCAAAGAACUAUAGAAAUAUUAUCUAGCAAUAAUCGCUUAGAAAUGUGUCAUCAGUUUCUGGAACAAUAAUCAUUUUGGUUAUCUUACUUGUUGAUUUUUAAGAGACAAAGUAAACUACUAACUUUCUGUAACUUUCUAAAAAAAGUGAUGACAAAGAAUAUUUCCUCCAUAAGGUAUUCAAGUAUGUAUAAUAUAAUAUAUAAUAGUGACAGUUUGUCAAAUGUUGCUCUGCAGGAACUUUGUCGAGUCAAAAAGGGUAAAAAAAAAAACCCUGAUCAUAUCGAACUGAAUUUAAAUAGUAAAGUAAAUCUGUAAACUGACGUGUGAAGUCCAAAAUAUGUGGGAUGUUAUCCAGGAAGGGAGGGACUAUGAGAAAUGAUGUUGUGUUGCAUUAUGGGAAGUGUAGGAUGUUGGUGUUUUUUGGCGCUUGAUAUAAUUGGGAUUGAAAUGUGGCCAUUGUGUUUUUAAACUGUCUUCCAACUUUAUGUAGAUUAAAUACUGACCCUAGUAAAACCAAUCUUAUAAUCUCAUCAAAAUGUAAGUAAGAGUCAAUUAGAGGAGGCGCAACUUUUGUUAAAG